AGAAGUUUUCCUGUGUCCCAGCUGGCUGGUGGUUGGGACAGAUCUCUUCCACUUGCAUCCCCCAAGUAAGCACACAGAGGCUUUCAUUAAUUAUAACUCCUCAACCAUUAGCUCAGGCUUAUUACUGACUAGCUCUUACACUUAAAUUAACCCAUAAUUCUUAUCUAUGUUUAGCCACAUGGCUUGGUACCUUUUCUCAGUUCUACCUUGUCAUCUUGCUUCCUCUAUGUCUAGCUGGCGACUCCUGACUCACUCUUCCUCUUCCCAGAAUUCUCCUUGUCUGCUUAUCCCACCUAUACUUCCUGCCUGGCUACUGGCCAAUCAGCAUUUUAUUUAUCAACCAAUCAGAACAACACACAUUCACAGCAUACAGAGUGACAUUCCACAGCAAUGUAAUUGGAUCUUCAGUUUAGUAAGAUACUAGAACUCAUUCAUGAAAACUUCAAAUACCACUGAUAAAUAAAUGGGAUGAAUCUGGAGUAACAAAUGCUCUUCCACAUGAGGGCAAGUGUGUUGAUGGGUGCAAUAUUAAGAUAUUACUUUGAUAGUCUAUCCAGUUGCAUUCUAAUUCCACAUGGCAAUUCCAGUUCCUGGAUUUUUUUUUAAUAUGGGAAUCUAUAAGGGUAAAUGAUUUAUGCUCUAUGUGUUUUAUUUGAAGACUUUAUUUAAAUAAAAUUCUUGUCUAUGAGAUUGCUUAAUAACUGUAAUUCAACCAUUCCAUGUAGUACUGUGCAUUUCUUGCAUUUCCCAUGCUUAUCCAGCCCGAGAAGGGGCCUUGAGAGUCUUGGAUGCUUCAUGGGGUUCCUGAAUCUGUGAAGUUUCUGGUGAGUUUCAUGAGCCUGAUGGCUUCCCUGCUCCCUCCAGCAGGGGAUGUUUCAAUUCCAAGGAACAGCUGCACAUCACCAGGUUCCCAGAUUGAUUCAUAACUACACCACAUGUACUCAUUGUAACUGUAACACUCAGGGAGAUUCUCAGUUAAACAUGGAAGGAAAGAGAAAGUGCCUGGCACAUAGUAGGCUCUUGAUUCAUGUCUGUGAGUUGAGGAAUGGAGAAGGUGCCUGGCUCUCCUGUUCCCUUCUCAACAGAUAGGCACACUCGUGAAGACUAUGGAGCCAAGACCAGGAAUCUUUUUUGAAUACAGCCAAUAUCUACCAAACAGAGUUCUAUUUCUAUUCAAAGCGUAGCUAACAACAGUCUUGCCAUUGUCUGUGAGACUUCUUGUGGGAUUACAGAAGAAGGGCUCAGGGACCCAGAAGCCUUGAGGACUCAUGCCAAGGAGAAUACAGGACGCACUUGCAAUAAAGAAUGCCUCUUUGUGACUCAUUAAACUCCUCUCUGUUCCUCUUGGUUAGACAUGUGCCUGCCAUGCCCUGCAGAGCCACAACAUCCAGAAGUGGUGGAGUCAGGCGGAAAUAAAAACAAUUCACUUCAGCCCUUAAAUGACGUGCCCCUUAAUUCAAAAUAAAUCUGUGGCAGUCGACAGAUACUUCUUUCAGAUGGGUCUGGAGAAAGGCCUGACUUGUCCUAGUAAAAUCAGACACAGGCUUCAUUAUUUUUAGUCUUGUUAAAAGAAGUUACCAUAGCAACGACAUCAUCAUCUAGGACAAAUGUUAUCUCUUUGAGUCAAUAACACUAAGAGCUGUCCCACAAAUAUCUAGUGUUGUCAGAAGAAGAAAUGACUUUCCAAUAAAAUUAAUUUCUUCUAAAAGUCUUCACUAUUCAUCUUCAUUUGUGAGCCCAGAAGUUUCCUUCCUCACAAAUAAGAGAUAGGAAAAGCAAUAUACAACUUUGUAAGGGCCAAGGCUGACCUGGGUUAUAUCUAUUUGUAAGAAAGUGAUUGAUUCUAUUAGUUCCUUAAAACAUGUAAUUUUAUUUGUGGCUUUUAAAUCACCCAUAGGAGGCACAGCAGUAAUUAAUUUGACCCUUGGGCAGAGUAUGUGUAUUCUGAGAGGACAGCAGGGGAGCCACAUUGGAGCGUGGAUGCUUUUGACCUCUUAGGAUGUCUUUUUAAGGGACAGAGGAGGCCGCUUAGUCCCUGUGGAGCAGGAUGAAUGCUCAGAACAUGCUGCCUGUCCUAGCCAACUUGACUAUUUACAUAGACUUACAAUAGGCUGAUUUUUUUUAGGUAUGGUCACCUGGACCUUAAGGGUUAAUCAGACCCUUCAAUCUUACCUUCUUCUUGGGCUGAAAAAGCGUAAUAAUUCCAGUGUUGGAUCAAAGCACCACGGGUUGACUGGGGGAAGGGAGCCGAGCUCCCCUACUCCUGUAGGAUUCUGGUUCUGAGUGCCGCUGAGACCUCACAACCCCCGCCCCCCGCCCAAGAUUUGCCUCUUCUAGCCUUAGACUCCUUUGCACCCACCCCUGUGUGACAUUUGAUGUCUUUGAAAUCAGGAUAUGCCUAAUAUUUCUUGGCAUGGCCCAGCGUUUUAAUUUCUCGGUGGUACAUGAUGCAUUUCCCCGGAAGGAGAGAGAAGUGACGUUCACUGCCUACACAUCGAGUAGCAAGCACAGUGAAAAACCAUGUAGAGACAUAAUUCGAUUGAAUCUUUAAAAUAAUGUUUAAUUAUUCUAUUUUUUUACGUGUAUGACUGUUUGUCUGUCUGUCUGUAUUCACCACGUGUUUGCCUGGUGCCAGAAGAAGUAAGAAGGGGGUGUUGGGUCCACGGAUAGGUGAGGUUAUAAAGAAAGAGGGUAUUAUGAUUUACAGUUCUGGAAACACAAAAUUAAGGGGCGGCAUCUGGUGAUGGCCUUCUCAGUAAGGAGUCCUGAGAUGACAGAGCAUCUCAGGGCUGGAGACAGGUGGUGCCCAUGCAGUGUAUGUAUGCCUUCUGGUUUUUCCCUCUUCCUAUGAAAUCAGUAGGAUUCAAGCUUGGGGUCUCCACCCUCGGGACCUUAUCUAAUCCCUUCCCUAAAGCCCCUGCUCCUCCUCUUCCUCUUCUUCUUUUCUCAGUAUCAAACCAUUUAUAAAGACAAGAAAGUCAUUAAAGACUAAAUCCAUCAUCUCACAGAUGACAUGACUCAGGUCCCACGAGGGGUUGGAGGCAUUAAAAAAAAAUCUGUAUUUAUUUUUAUCUUAUGUGUAAGGGUGUUUUGCCUGUAUGUGUAUUCUUGUGUACCAUGCUCAUACCUGGUGCCCAAGGAUCGAGAAGAGGGCACUGGAUCAUCUGGAACUGGAGUUACGGGUGGUAGUGAGCCACCAUGUGGGUGCUGGAAACCAAAUCUAGGUCUGCUGCAAGAGUAGCCAGUGCUCUUAACCACUGAGCCAAGUCUCCAGCCCACCUGCUCGUUUGCUUUUUCAACACGGAAUACCUGGUUCCUUCUAUAAACUAGGUAAUACAAUGAAUUUAGUGAAUAACCCCGAUGAGGCCCUUGCCUUCAUAGAUGUUAUAAGUAAAUAAAAAAUAAACAAGCAAACAUACACACAAAGAAGGCAGUUGUGUCGGAGGCCGGGUACCUGUCUUGAGUACACAGUUGUCUCGAGAACAAGUUGGACUGACUAGUGAAGGCUCUUCGCCCCUGACCCUCUCUUUAUGUUUUGAAGGUGUUGGCUUAAUGCUCCAGCCACUCUCAGGUAUUUUCUCCCAAACCAUGUGGAGCACUUGGAGUUCUGGGGUCUUGCGAGAGAUGGAUCUGAAGCCACCAUCAUCUGGUUCUGGAAAUAGCCAACGAAGAGAUAAAGGCAAAAGCGUCCAUCAUCCCAGAGGUCAAAGUCUGCUUGAGGAGAUAGCCACACGGUUCCCAGUGUUCGGUUGAUUGGCAUUUCCCUGGUUACUAAGGAGGAAGAACCAGGCAUUGAUCUGCACCUCGCAGGUGCAGCUGCCAUGGCGGUAAAGGCUGGGGAGACCCAAGAGCGCUCUGUGAGAAGCCAAGACGCCGUGGCAUCUUGUGAGAUGUGAGAUCACCAUGCUACAAAAUUCCACCAAAACACUGCUCAAAAACAGGGCAACACAUGCGAAGGCAUGCUGAGAACUCCAGCAUACCGGAUGACCACCCUUUUAAAAAUUUAAUUAAAAUACUUGAGAGCAUUUCAUACUUGAGUACUGUAUUUACAACAUUUUCACCCCUCCCUUUGCCCCUCCAAGUCCUCUCAUGUUCCCCUCCCUCAAACUUAGGGUCUCUUCCUCUUUAUUUAUAGUUACACUCACACACACAUAUGUGUACAUAACAUAUAAAUAUUUAAUGUUAUGCUGAUGCUCAUGUGUUUAGGGCUAACCACCUGGGACUAGAUAACCUAUCAGGGAGCUCAUCCCUGGAGAAAACUGAUUUUUUCCCUCUCUCUCUCUCUCUCUCUCUCUCUCUCUCUCUCAUCAGCCAUUGGUUUUCUGUAGCUCUUCAUCUAGGGGUGAGGCUUUGUGAGAUGUCCCCAAUUUGUGCUGCCAUGUCACCUGGUGUUGUCAUUAUGCAGAUCUUGUUUAGACAGCCACGUUGUUGAGAUAUCAUGGAUAGGGCUUCCCUGUCAUGUUUAGAAGAGAUUAUCUCGCAGCAGGCAUUCUGGUCCUCUGGCAUUUACAAUCUUUCUGCCCCUCCUCUACAAUUUUCCCCGAGUCUUAGGUUCAGGGGUUAUAUUGUAGUUGUACCAGCUGGGAUGGGGCACCCUGCAGUCACUUACUCCCUGAAUUUUGUCUAGUCGUGGAUCUCUGUAGAAGCUUUUUUGAUGAGAGCUACACUUAUCUAUGGGUAUAAGGAUACGUAUUUAGAAUACAGUUAGAAAUUAUGUUGGUUUAAGAAACGGUCCUAGCAGGUUCCCCUCAGGGGUUCAUGAUCUCCCCAGCCAUGGGUAGUUGGCUAGGUUUACAGUCCCAGGUAUGAAUUUCCCCCUGUGGUAGUUUGAAAGAAAAUGGCCCCCAUGGAGAGUGGCACUGUUAGGAGGUGUGGUUUUGUUGGAGUAGGUGUGGCUUUGUUGGAGGAAGUGUGUUAUCAUGAGGGUGGGCUUUGAGGUCCCCUUUGCUCAAGCUACACUCAGUGUGACACACAGUUGUUUCUGCCAUCUGCAGAUCAAGAUGUAGAACUCUCAGCUCCGUCUCCAGCACCAUGUCUGCCUGCAUGCUGCCAUUGCUACCUGCCAUGAUGAUAAUGGACUAAACCUCUGAACUAUAAGCCAUUCCAGUGAAAUGUUUUCCUUUAGAAGAAUUGCUGUGGUCAUGGUGUUUCUUCACAGCAAUAGAAUCCCUAGCUAAGAAGGCCAUAAGUCUAAUAAGACAGCUGUUGGUUAUCUCCAAAGAUAAAAGUGCCUUUUUUGAACCAUUAGGGAUAUCUUGCGGGGCUGAUCAUUGUUUUGGUUCAUAGGCUCUACAUCUGGGUAGGACUACUGAUUUUUCUUCCUCUGAUGUUUGAAUUGUACCUUCUGAUACUACGAGAUAUGCUACAGUUUCUUUAUGCAUUCAUCAUUUGACCUGCAUAUGGGCUGCUUUUAUAUCUUGACUGUUGUAAAUAGUGGCAUAAUAAGCAUGAGUAUGCAGGUAUCUCUGUUGUAUGAUGACUGAUUCCUUUGGGUAUAUACCCAAGAGUGGGGUGGUUGGGUCAUAUGGUAGUUCUGUUCUUUACCUUUUUAAGGAAUCUUCAUACUGAUCUCUAUAGUGGCUGAACUAAUUUAUAUUUUCAACACUUUUUUCUUCAAAUAUUAAUUAACAUUUAUUGUUUUUGUUUUCCUGGUGCUGGCUAUGCUGACUGUGGUAAGAGAAUUUCAGCGUAGUUUUGAUUUGUUUUUAUCCAGUGGCUAAAGAUAUUGAGGGCUGUUUUCAUGAAUUUAUUGGUCAUCUGUACUUCUUCUGUGAAGUGUCUGUUCAGAUCAUUCACCCAUUUAUUAAUUAGAUUAUUUGGCUUUUUUUGUUGUUGUUGUUGCUAUUUUUUGAGUUCUUUAUACAUUCUGGAUACUAGUCCUCUGUCAGGUAGAUGCUGACUAAGAUUUUUCUCCCAUUCUGUAGGCUGCCCAUUCAUUCUACCAAUCAUUUUCUUUGCUGUGGAAAAAAAAGUUUUUGAAAUUUUGCCGUUCCUUUUACGGUUCUUGCUUUUCUUUCUUGAGCUAUGUGAGUCCUCUUAGACAAUCAUUCAUGCCAACGUCUUGAUGUGUGUCUCCUGGUUUUUGUAGUUUGAAAUUUUCUAGCCUUCCAUGAUCACUUUAAUCCAUUUUGAAUUGGUUUUUGUGCAGGAUGAAAUAGGGAUCUAGUCUCUGUGUUCCACGUAUGGGGACCAAACUUGCCCACCAGUGUUUGUUAGUGGGCUGUCUUUUCGCCACCUCAUUUUUUUGGCAUCGUGAUUGACAGCUGGCUGAAGAUGGGUUUAUUUCUAUAUCCUCUAUUCCAUUGGUCCAUGUGUUUGCUUUUAUGCCUACACUAGGCUGAUUUUUUUUUAAAAAAACUAAGACUGUAGGAUAUUUUGAAAUCACCUUUGUAAUACCUUCAAUAUUUCUCAUGUUGCUUAGGACUGUUCUGGAUGCUUCCAAAGGCCCCAGGUCUAACCACCAUAGUUGGAUUAAGGUUCUACCAUGAGGAUAAAAUUUCAACAUAUGAACCCUUGGGGACACACGUUUAAAAAUAUCCAAAUCAUAGCCCCCCUCGUCUUCUAUUUCGUAGCCUCCAAAGAACCUGAACAUUGUAAGUCAGUCUCCGAGGUGACAGUGAAUCUAUGCUAAGAUGAAAAUGGAACCAAGUUAGGGCAGAUGCUGGGGGCCUGUGCUCCAAGACAUGGCCUCCAUCUCUGGGUGCUGCCUCAUGAGAGUGACUUCAGUGGUGGGAACCUCAGCGUAGGCGGAAGGGAAGGUGGUAGAUGCACAGGUAUUCCAGAAGCUCCAGCACUCAAUGUUGCCUUGGCAGUCACAUUCCCGACCUUUGACUCUGUCUGUGCAGAGACUUGUAGCACAGUAGAGCGUCAGGAUGGCAAAAGAUGAAAACCAACCACCAUCCCUCUUUCCUGCCCCCUCUACCUGGACUGCUUGUAGUUACCUUAGUACAGUAUCCCAGGCAGGCAUUUCUGCCAGCAGGUCCCAGCUACCCUGUAGGGACAUGUCAGAGCACACUGCAUUACCAGGCAGUCAGGGACUGUGGAAGAAGGGGACUCUUGGCCUCACUUUGUUGCCUUUCUUGUGAGAUCACGGGCCAGUAUGCCUAUGCCAAUUCUAAAAGGCAUGAGCAGCCCUGCACAGAAACACUGCUCAGGACAUCAGUUCCUACUUGCUGUCUAGCUCUUGGCCCAGCAACUUAAGAAGAGCAAGGCCAGGUGAGCAGUCUGUUCCCACAGUGUCCUGGUUCUGGCUCUUCUGUGAGCAGGCUGGAGGGCUGAAGAAGGUCCUCUGUCCAAGCCAAGUUGCACCAUCUAUAAAAUAACCUGAUUUCAGGGAUUGAUGAUUCAUUGAUGGGUUCGCUGAUUGUUGUUAUGUGUUUGCUCCGUAAGAGCAAACCUUUAACAAAGGCUGUAUUUGUUUUAAAAAAAAAUCUUUCUGUGCAGAAAAUGGGGAUGCUUUAUUUUGUGUCGCCGGCCAUUUAAUAUGCAUCUUGAAUGCCUCUGGGUAUGUCGUGAUUUGUCAUGAAAUGUAAACUCCUGAGGGUACAGAUGUCUGCUUCAUUUACUUUUUAGAACACCCAGGAAAGGGCCACGAACAAGUAGCUUCCUCAUCUGUCUACAUGCUACCAUUGUGGAAUGAAAUAUAAACCACGUUCCCUACUCAUAAGAAGGACUGUGCUGCUGUAGCACAGGAUCAGAAAUCUAAUACGGUUUCACCUAACACCAUUGAAUGUCCUUCUAUGCAGUACACAUAGAUAACUUUUUAUUUUCAUUUUAAAAUAAUCAGACUAGAUGACUUUUUAAAAGCUAAAACCUGACCCAUGUUAAAAAAAAAUCCCAGAAAGCAUGUAGAAAGAAGGAAAAGUCUUCUUUAAUUCCCGUGUAUGAAGCCAGUCAUUUCCAGUAUCUCUGUAUUUUACCUGUGUGAUUCAUUUAAAGAUUACUGGUUAAAUGAUCUUUAAGACUUUCAAAUUUCCUUUCCAUCUGUCAGUAGGUGAUGCCAUGUUGUUUCCAAGUCAGAAUUAUUGUCUUGCUGUUUUUUCAACAUUGUAAGCAUAAAGAAAGGACUUGCCAGAAGUUGCUAGCAGCUUACUGUCUCUAAAGCAGGCCAUUGUUACCACGAAGGAGACUCUGAUCCAUCUUGUCCCAGUACACGUGUUCUCUGAGAACCAGGUGAACCACCCCUGACUCUCUCCUCAGGCUUAUGUCACCCACCAAGGCAACUUUCUGUUUCAUUCAGUGAUGUCAAGAAACAAAACACCACCCUUAAAGUGAAUCAGUUUUGGAAAAUAGAGACUGGCUUUAUAUUCCCUGGCUUUGAUGUGCUUAGUCGUUCCUGUAAGAAUCUGCCUCGCUCUUGCUUUGAUUGACAAGACCCUCCCUAUAUAUUUGAGUAGUCAGGCAGCCUGAUACCAGAAGGGUGGCAGACACUUCCCCAGAGCAAACUUUGCCCACUCAUUGCAACUUUUGAAGGAAGAGUUGACCCCAGCAAGCUCAGGUAAGUACCUCUCCGUCUCUUCCUUCCUUCCUCCUCAGGGGAAGCCCCCAGAGGCUGUAUGACCACACACCAGCAAGAACCAUGAGAGCAGCUUUGGAAAUGUAACUACUCCUGAGUGGUACUGACCUGGUAGCAUUCCACAAAUGUGACGCCCAGGUGGGUUCUGUUCGGUGGGCCAGCCAUGAAGGGCCCAUUCUGUGCUGCUAGAGCACCAGAAAGGACCGAGAACCAGAGAGGACAGGCUCCAUGGUAGACUGUGACUGGCUUUCCAUCACUUGCUUUUAAACUGAGUUCCACUAGGGCCUUUGCACAGCAGAAGCAUGGAACAGAUGUGAUCUGUGAUAAGUAGAAUACAUUUUAUAAGUGACUGCCAUGCCAGGCACCAGGGUUUAUAAGAUUUUCUGUAUGAUAGGUUUGGUUAGUAAUAACAAGCCAGGGUAUGCCAUUAUUACUACUUAUCUACCUCCCCCAUUUAUUCCCCAUCCGUGGCACUAAAAAUACAAAUGUGUGCAAAGCUUCUAACAUGACACUUACACACCCCAAACCUGGAUAAAAAGAAAGUAUGCAUAUUCAUGUAUUAUUUUAGGCUCUACAUUUCUUUGGGUGUUGCUCUUACUUUUCAUUGGGAUAAAUUUCUUUUACAUACAAGUAGGUUCCAGAAGUUGGAGUUCACCAAGGAAAAGCCUGAGAUCAUGUUUUGAGGGUAGGGUGUCUAGAAAGAGCUACUGACUAUCUACUGGAACUAGUUAGAGAGAUGCUGUUGGAGUCGACAGUCCCUUGGCUCAUUUUUUUUCCCUGUAAUGCUAAAAGCAAAGUCUCUUUGGGCUGCACCAUGGUGAGCAGUUGGGUAUGUUCAGUUUUGUUUCCUUUCCCUCCUUGGGAACAGCAUGAAGCUGGCAUACCUUGUCCUUGGUGCCAUGACCCCCCUUCUUCUGGGGGGCUGUGACUCUGUCCUCAGCACCUCCAGUGGGAACCUGCACACUUUCGUGGGCUGUGCUGUGAGGGAGUUCACUUUCCUGGCCAAGAAGCCAGGCUGCAGAGGACUUCGGAUCACCACUGAUGCCUGCUGGGGCCGCUGCGAGACCUGGGAGAAACCCAUCCUGGAGCCUCCCUACAUCGAAGCCCAUCACCGAGUCUGUACCUACAACGAGACCAAGCAGGUGACUGUCAAGCUGCCUAAUUGUGCUCCAGGAGUCGAUCCCUUCUACACCUACCCGGUGGCUGUCCGGUGUGAUUGCGGGGCGUGUUCCACUGACACCACCGAGUGUGAGACCAUCUGAAGCCAGCAUAGUCUUCAGAACGCAGCUGGUGGCCCGAGCCUCACAGAUCUGCUCCCCCCCCCCCCCCCCCCCAAUGUAUCUGCUCUAUCCCCUGCAGUCAAGUACGGUUGAAUUUGGGCCAGCCUGGCUCAGGCUUUCCUCUGCUCAGUUAGGCACGAGGUACAGGUGCAGCACACUCACGCUAAAAAUGUCAAACACUAUUGACCCUUCCCCAGGAUAAUGUCUCCGGUUUAUAUGUCUGUAAAUUAGAUUUUCUUUGCUUGACUUUGGGAACGUGAUUUGUAUAUUACAACCCACCCUCAGUUUUGAUUGACAUUGUAGCAUUUAUUUAAAGGAAUUGGAUAUCAUUAAGCUCCAGAAAGCCUUUAAGUCCCCACAUUCUGCCAUUGAACUCCAACUGGAUUUAUGAUUAAAAGGCAAAGUGUGAUCAACACCAAUGCACUUUCUUCCUUGCUCAAAAGGAAACCCAACUUUGAGUGUUCUCCGAGAGAACGCUCUAUUUCCCUUUCAACUGAGCAAUUACCUAGAUAAGAGACAAAGACAGUCCCGACUGCUACAAAAAAGCUGUUUAGAUGUGGGUAUUUCUCUCCCAAGCAGAAGUCCCUCCAUUCCCUUAAGAUCCUUAUGGAAGUGUCCACUUGCCAAUUAAAAAAACAAACAAACAAAAUAAAACUCACAAAACGUAAUUAGAAUAUCAUUUAGGUUUAAAAACACCAGAGACUAAAUUCAUGGUUUGAAUGUUCUCCCACGGCCACAGGGAAGUGACCAGUCACAAAUGUCCCUGCCUGUUUAGUAUAUUUCAAACCUAAAUGGCGAUUUCUUAGACUCAGAAUCCUGAGUGUUUGUGGCGGCGAGGCUGCCGUGCUGGCUCAGAGAGAGGCUGCGGUCAUGGGCUCUUGCUUUUUCUAAAAUCUUACAACAGCUGAUUCUGUGACCUUUUUAAACUCUAAUUUUAUGCAAAUGUUUUUAGCUUUGGCAUUGGGGGGUUUGAGUUUAACUGUUCUUUUUUGGAAUACGCCAGGAGUGUCUAUACAGAUGUCAACAAAGUAUGCUCCCUGUCACCUGAAUUCAUGCAAACUUUUAGAAAAGUCUUUCUAGUUUUUAUUUUACUUGGU